AGUAGGUAUUGCAGUAGUAAUAUUGUUACUUUUAAAUAAUAACAUUCACCUGUUACGGUACGCGGUUACGGUACGAGUAUCGAUUACAUCUGCGCGAAGUCCCCUCAACUCAUGAAAACCAGACGUGUGUGUGUGUGUGUAUAUGUGUGUCGGUGUCUCUCUCGUGGCCAAUCAGCGACUGGAGCGCAGCAGGGCGCGGCCUUCGCCGGGGAAGGUGUGACUGCGCACGGGAGCAGAAACGUUGACUGAGCUGCGGAGGCUCGGAGGAGCAGCCGGUUAUAUUGUGGGACACGAACCGUCAGAACACCUGCAGGAAGUGAAUGUAGGGCACAUCUCCCACCCACCGACCCACCGACCCUGCUGCUGCUGCUGCUGCUGCUAACAUGAUUCGCUUCCUGUUGCUGUUCAGCCGACAGGGGAAGCUGCGCCUGCAGAAAUGGUUCCUACCAAUCACAGAGCGGGAGAAGAAGAAAGUGAUCCGUGAAAUGAUGAUGUUGGUGUUGGCUCGCCAACCGCGGUCCUGCAACUUCCUGCACUGGAGGGACGUCAAGGUUGUUUACAAGAGGUACGCCAGCUUAUACUUCUGUGCUGCAGUAGAACAACAGGACAAUGAGCUGUUGGCUCUGGAGGUGCUGCACAGAUACGUGGAGCUGUUGGAUAAAUACUUUGGAAACGUGUGUGAGUUGGACAUUAUUUUCAACUUUGAGAAGGCCUACUUCAUCCUUGACGAAUUCCUGAUGGGAGGAGAAAUCUUGGAAACAUCUAAGGUGUCUGUGGGCGUAUCUAUGGAGGAGGCCGACACGCUGCAGGAGACGAUGGAGGAGUACAUGAGCAAACCUGCCUACUGAGCCUCCUGGGAGAGCGUGGACAUUUCAAGGCUUCGGCCAGAACCAUGACUGCAAACGACCAGACUGAAGAACUGUGUGGCUCUUGAAGUGCCUUUGAGCCUCAGGUUGACGGCUCAGAUCCGGAGGCUGGAGGAAGUGAAGCUGUGUUUGAAUGAAGAAACACUGCGCAGUAAGGAAAAAUAAAGUCAAUGCUUUAUUAACCUCAGGUAUGUCACUUACUGUAUGACAACAUUCAAGGAAAGAUUUACAUAAAAAUAAUGCAACACUGAUUUUUGGAUGUGUGUGUGUGUGUGUUGAAAUGUAAGGCUGGUGAGUCACAUGUACGGUCGUCAGCUGCUGAGCAACGAUUUUUUUUUUUUUAAUUUAAAAAA